AUGACAUCCUCUGUUGAACCCUUCGUCUAUCUUGACUAUAACGCAACUACGCCGGUGGACCCAGAAGUCGUAACGGAGCUGAUGCCGUAUCUGGGAGGAAAGGAGUUCGGCAACCCUAGCAGCUCUCAUCUCAAAGGACGGCAUGCGCAUACAGCGGUUGAUAUGGCUCGGGGGAGAGUGGCAACGUUGCUCGGCUGCGAUGAAACGAGUGUUUUCUUCACCUCGGGAGCUACUGAAUCUCUGAACUGGGCAAUCAAAGGGGCGGCAUUCCAACAACGGAAGGAUAGUGGUCGGAACCAUAUCCUCAUCAGUGCUGUUGAGCACGUAUGUGUUUUCAAUAUCGUGAAGUGGCUAGCCAGUGAGCACGGCUUCGACUGUGAAGUGUGUCCAGUGGACAGUCAGGGCCGAGUGGAUCCUUUGAAGGUGAAGUCAUUGAUACGGCCUGGGAAGACGGCAUUAGUGUCAAUCCAGCACGGUAAUGCCGAAGUCGGGACGGUCGAGCCAAUAGCCGAGAUCGUGGCUGCGGUAGAGGAGGUCGACAGUAACGUUGUCGUUCACACUGAUGCAAGUCAGAGUGCUGGGAAAUAUCCGCUUUCUGUCGAGUCUCUGGGCUACCCAGAUCUGAUCACUCUAGCUGGGCAUAAGUUCUAUGCGCCUAAGGGGAUUGGUGCAUUGGUGACUCCAUCUGGUGUCACCAUCGAACAGCUCAUGCAUGGUGGAGGACAGGAAUUCGGUGAGAGAUGCGGAACGGAGAACGUCCCAUGGAUAGUGGGAUUCGGCAAGGCGUGUGAAUUGGUACAUAAUAAUCUUAGCGUCUAUAUGGACCACAUGAGCUCGUUGCGUCGAGUGCUUUUGGAGGCAUUGAAGGAGGCCGUCACUCUUGAGGCCGGGCCGACUGCAUGGGAAAUGAUCUGCGUGAAUACACCGCUCAAUGAUCCGACGUGUCCAGUGUUGGCCAACACUCUGAGCAUCAGCGUGAAGGGCAUACAAGGGGCGGACGUUGUUAAGGAGCUUGGCGAUAAGGUUGGUAUCAGCGCAGGCUCGGCGUGCCAUAGUGGCGAACACGUAAUGUCGUCAGUACUCAAGGCUAUGAAGGUUGAACCAAUAUGGGGUCUUGGCACCCUAAGAUUCUCCAUUGGUCGUAUGACAACAGAGGAGGAGGUACGACGGGCCACUCGCAUAGUUGCUCGCGUUAUUGCUAAACAUUUGAGUGAUGGUGUCGAAGAAGACACGUUUCAGUGA